AUGGAAAUUUCCCCCUAUGAUAUAAAACGAUCUGAGCUCUUCAGCAUUCCGUUGGAAUUAGAACUAACGAGAAAUUCAGGAGUAAUUAUCGCCCAACGGAAUUCUUCCUAUAUAAAGGAGUAAACAAAAUUUUCAUUAUUGAUGUGAUAUUGUGCGUAGCCAAUAACAAAUGUAAUAAUCGUAGUUACUACUCUUCUGAUUUUGAAAAGAUACAAAUAAGGGACAAAGACAUGUUUAUCCCAAUGGUUAAAGAAGCAGUCGCACACUCGGUUCUUGAUGAAAAUGAUGCUUGUGAUUUAGAGGGAUCAAAGGAUGAAUCACAUGUUGGAGAUGAUGUGAACAAUGUAUUUGAAUCCAUGAAUGAAGAUGACGGGAAGUCCAGCAUUGUGGAAGCAAUUGAUGGUGAUCCUAAGCAUGAAGGUGUUGUUAUGUUUACAAGCUAGAUCCUACUUUUCAAAAAUAUUAUACACCAAUAAAUACCUCAGUUGGUAUGGUUAUUGCAGAGUAUGAUGUUAUCGACAAAGUGGAAGAUGCAUAUUAUAAUUAUAAGCAAGCGUGCUUGUAACACCCCACCCUGGAUGACCCGAGUCAUCCAGACUAGAAUGCUAGUAAAACCGGGUUACUUUGUAAAAUAUUUUUUUCCUGAAAUAUAUUUUCUUUUUGAUAGCUAAAGAGAAUUUUAAAGAAAACGUUUUCUGCGUA